AUGGGAGGAAAUUACCAGAUCUUCUCGGAAAUGUUGAAGCGCAGCUCGGCGAAAUUACGCCUGGGAGCGUCUGGGGAAGUGACGGGAAUAGUCAAGUUUGGAAGUCUGGCCGAAGUGAUCGACGCUGGGUACCUAUCUUCGACUCAAGCUGAGAAGCAUUCCAAGUGGAUCAAGGAGGCUGGGACCAAGUGGUGGGUUGGCACCAAGACGGGAGGUGGAGGACUCUAUGAUAGCGUCUUUAUCGCUACGCCUUGGCACAAUGCAGACAUCUCUCUGAUCAACACUCACGCGACCAUUCCAUCGCCGCCGUAUGUGCACCUGCACGUGACGCUGCUCAUAACAAACGCGAGUCACCCGAAUCCUGCUUACUUUGGAAGAGGAAAGAGCGAUGCGGUGCCUACGAGCAUCUUGACUACGCACGCAGCGCUUCGUAAGGCGCAGAAGCAGAACACGGAGAAGCAAGACAAGAACAGCUUCUCCGGUAGCUACUUACACUUUGUGGAUGCUGCUGGCCUCGCUCGGCCAUUGCGCAUCUACAGAUACACCAAGUCAUUCUUUGCGAGCUUGAUACUCGGCUGGUGGCCUGGUGGAGAUGAUAAAGAUAGUGGACUGCUGCUCGAGGUGAGUCAUCGUUGCGCAAACCCUUAUGUGGGGGCGCCAUAAAAGGUUGCUGACACUUUCGCAAAUGCCCCAUGCAGUUCAACAGCCUUUCGUACCUCAGGAAACUGCCAGAGCGCAAAUUGGCUGACGGAAGGUUGACGGGUGAAGAACACGUCGUCAAGGUGCGACCAAGCUCAAUGUUUUCCAUGAACGCACUGCAUCAGGGAGCGCCUGACUGAUGAUAGUCCACUUUUGAUAAGCAGAUCUUUUCCAAAGCUGCGCUCAACGACACGCAGCUGGAAUCCAUCAUGGGCACCAACAAUCUUCGUUGGGUGUUCCGGAAACAAUGGGACGCUUAUCCGGAGCUGCGUCCUACUCGCGACUUUCCACCUCUACAAGUGGAUGAAGGAGGUCUGUAUUUUUUGAAUUCGUUCGAGACCCUCAUCAGUACGAUGGAGACGUCAACUGUGAGCGCGAGGAACGCGGUUGCGCUCCUCCUGCAAAAGACGUUUGGAUGGGACUUUGUGCAUGGCGGAAAGAGGUGCGAUUGGCAGAAGGGCGAGGAGAUGUUGACGAGCGACAUGAGCAGCCGAAGGAAGGAGGACGACGAUCAAGAGGCGUGGGCUGGGUGGGGUUGCAACAGCGGCUGA